AUGACAACCUACGACUACAUUGUGCUCGGUGCGGGCUCGGGUGGCGUGUCGACAGCCCACCGCGCGGUGGCCUACGGUGCCAAAGUCCUCGUCGUCGAGCGUGGCCGCGAGAAUGACGGUGCUGGCCUCGGUGGCACAUGCGUCAACGUGGGCUGCGUACCCAAGAAGAUCAUGUUCAACGCUGCGCUCCACGCCGAGAUGCUCCAUUCGGCGCGCGCGUACGCGUUCAAGGGUGUGUCGGACAUUCAAUAUGGCGCCUUUGACUGGGCGGCGAUGAAAGCCAAGCGCGAUGCGUACGUCACGUGGCUGAACAGUAUGUACGGCGAAGGCAUGCUCGAAGACAAGGUCGAUCUCGUCAUGGGCGCCGCCAAGUUUGUCGACAACCACACGAUUGAAGUCAACGGCGAACGGUACACGGCCAAGCACAUCCUCAUUGCCGUCGGCGGUGUCCCGGCCCUGCCACCGAUUCCCGGCAUCGAACACGCGAUUUCGAGCGACGGGUUCUUUGCGCUCGAGACGCAGCCCCGCAAGGUCGCGGUCGUCGGCGCCGGCUACAUUGCGGUCGAGCUCGCCGGCAUCUUUAACGCGCUCAAGUCGAACACGACGGUGUUUUGCCGCGGCAACCAGGUGCUGCGUACGUUUGACCCGAUCGUGCGCGACCUCGUCAACACCGAGAUGGAGCACGCUGGCGUGCAAUUUGUGCGGGAGAGCGGCAUCAAUGCGAUUGAAAAGGCGGGUGACGGGACGUUGACACUCCAGGCGACGGUCGCCGGUGAACCUCAGUCGUUUACCGGCUUCGAGACGGUUCUCUUUGCGAUUGGGCGGACGCCCCGGACGCACGACUUGGGGCUGGAGACGACCGACAUUGCACUUUCCACCGAGAAAUUCAUCCAAGUCGACGCCCAAGAAAACACCACUGUUCCCAACGUCUACGCGAUUGGCGAUGUCACGACGACCGGAUGGGAGCUAACGCCGGUGGCGAUUGCGGCCGGUCGUCGGCUCGCGGACCGUCUUUUCGGCAACGAGCCGAACGCGUGCGUCAACUAUUCCCAGAUCCCGACCGUUGUGUUUAGCCACCCGCCGAUUGGUACGAUUGGCUUGACCGAGCCGCAGGCCAUUGAGCAGUACGGUGCGCACAACGUGACGACGCACACGAGCUCGUUCUCCAACAUGUUUUAUGCCAUGUGCGCCGAGAAGGAUAAGGUGCAAACCGCGAUGAAGCUCGUGUGCAUCGGCGUCGAAGAAGCUGUCGUCGGCGUUCACGUCGCGGGCCUCGGCGCCGACGAGAUGAUCCAGGGCUUUGGCGUUGCCGUCAAAAUGGGCGCAUACAAGUCGGACUUUGACAAUAUUGUCGCGAUCCACCCGACGGCGUCAGAAGAGCUCGUGACGAUGCCCGCGUGGGGCAAGAUCAAGGACGUUGUGACUCUGCCGCUUGGUACCGCGCGCAAGCCGCCGACGCUUCUCAAGCCGCCGGUUGGCAACUAAGAUUCUAGUACAGUCGACAGACGACGUAUCUUGACAUCAGGCAAGAGCUGCGUCGGCAUGCAAAUGUGAUAACUACUGGUAAUUAAAAAAGUGUCAAG